AUGCCUUGCGUUCGCACAGCGAUGGGCAAGAGUCAACCUCUCAAGUUCUAUUUUUUUGACCCAUCGAGAGGUCGUUGUCCUAAACGACGCCGCGCCCAGGCCACUCUUAAGCUCGACGGCUUUGUCUACCACAGUUUCGACGGCCCCGCUAAAAGCCCGGCCGCUGUCAAUGAUACGGCAAUAGUGGAGUCCACUUCAACCGAUGCCCAAGACAAGCCUGCGACCGAGGGAGAUCACUCUGGCUCUCACAGCAACUCGGAAAUUGUGGGGGUUAGGUCAGACCCAUUGAGAAGUCUCGUCGUGGAUCGUGUCUGGCAUGUCGAUCCCAGCUUUCCCUUUUAUGGUAUUCCCUCAUUAGAACUCGACAGAAGAGCUAUUCUCGAGCCUGUCGUCCAACACGUUGUCGAUGCACUUGGUGGUUACGAGGGUGGCGCCUACCGCAUGGGUGAUGAGGCUGCGCUUCUGACGCCAGGCAUUAUGCAAGACCUCUUCGGGAUUGUUCUCCCGCCAAUCUCAAAGCACGCAAAGGAGAGAAAGGAGCGCGGCGAACAGAUAGUGCAUCUGGUUCUGCAUCUCAUUUGGAACUUGAUCAAGGACUUCCCUGCAAAUACGUACCUGAGCACGGACCAGGGGGAGUACUCGAGUUUGCAGGCUAGACUUGUGAAAGUACACUAGACUUGCUCCUUUUCAACACAUCAAAUACUCUUGUACUCGAGAUAUUCUACCUGUUAUUUCGCGGCGUAAAGCCUCAUCUGCUAGCUACAAACAAGUCAAAAGUGGAGUCCCUUCUUAUGUUUUC